UAUUCAAUUAUCCGCUAUGAUGUCACGAUUCAAGAUGGCGGCCUACUGUGUCAACAAUCACGGACUUACAAAUUAAAUCUUGAAAUAUUUCCAAAAUGAUGGAUUAUGGAUAAAUACUUUAUUUUGGAAGUUAAGAAGGCAUUAUUAGAUUUGCGGAAUCAUGUCUCUUUUAUGUAUUUGCGUAAAAAAAGCGAAACUUGAUGGCAACGCAGGUUAUGGCGGAGAACCUGGGUCUAUGCAUACCUCUAACUCUGUUGGGAACUCCCUAUCUUCAAUCACAGAGCGAUUCAACACUUAUGUGGUCUUGAAGUUACAAAAUGUCAAAUCAACAACGAUCUUGGUCAAGGGAAACAACCCAUGUUGGGAACAGGACUUUAUGUUUGAGACAGACAGAUUGGAUGCUGGAUUGAUCAUUGAAGUAUGGAACAAGGGAAUGCUGUGGGACAAGUUGAUUGGUCUCCAUUGGUUACCACUUCGUAGUGUCCAUUUCUCUAACCAGGAGGGGGAUGGUAAAUGGAUGUCACUAGACAGUGAGUUAAUCAUGCAGAAUGGAGAAAUUAAAGGCACACGUUACCCUACUGGUCAUAAGGUACUCAUUGAAGCAAGAUUUGAAAUUCCGUAUGAAGCAGUAGCCGAGCUCCCAGAACAUGAGGCUAUUAAAUUAAAAGAGAAAUUGGAAGUUCUUAAUAACAUGGAUGCUGAGAUCAUGCACAGUAAAGAACUAUCAAAGAGACAAACAUAUUCUCAGUCGGGAAUGUCAGAAGACAGCGACUAUACCAGCGAUAUAAAUUACCCAUUACCCCACCAACACAACAGCUCCGCCCACCAGUUCCGCGGUGAACCUAAUUACCCACUUAACCAUGAAAAUAGCCAAGAAUACAGUCGGGAUUAUGGUCCAUAUGAUUCCUUUGAUAGAGAUGAAUAUGGUCGGCUGCCCUCUUUUGAUCGUAUUGACAUGGAACGUAGAGGUUCCUAUGAAAGGGGCGGUUCUUUUGAUCAGGAUGUUUCUUUCGAUGGUGAUGAAAUAGGAUAUGAGCGAGGUGAUUCAUUUGAGAGAACGGAGUCAUUUGAGCGGGAGUCUGAUCAUUAUGGUUAUGAAAGAUCUGACACUGAAUAUGAAAGAUCCAUACAGGAUGAUAGAUACGACGAAGAUGGAUAUGAUCGUCCAAUCAGAGACUACGAAAGACUGGAACUUGGUUCCCACCAUAGCUCAAAUAGGGAUUAUGAUUCUGACCAGGAAUAUGCAUAUUCACAUCCUGACUAUGAUAGAACGGUGACUAAUGAGGAUAGUGUUACAUAUGAUAGGAGAGCGUUUGAACAGCGGUAUGAUCGCGAUUUCUAUUAUGAUUCACAAGAACAAUUGAAUAAAAAUAGGAGUUAUUCAAGGGAAUCUCAAAAUUACUCACGAGAGUCAGACUUUUAUCCAAUGGGAAGUGGUUCCCAUGUAGGUAGGAGUGACACAGACUCUGAACCUCUCUCUUAUAAUAGUCGUCCAAAUCAACGUCAACCAUUGUCUAAUGCCUCCACAACACUUACAGGUAGACACGGGAGUCCUCAUGGAAGUGCUGUAAGUCCUGGCAGUAGAAUAUCAUCAUUAACACAACAGAGCACCCAAGAUUUCAGUCCAUUAAACAGUCGGUCUUCCACAAACAUGAGUCGUCAGAGUACGCAGGAGUAUAGUGACCCAGAUUUAUUAUAUGAUUCCAGAAGUAAUAACACAAUGCCAUCCCCGGCUAGAGCUCGGUGGAUAGAUGCCUUCAACAAAGUCUGUGCUCAAUUUAAUGCAGAUUUAGACUUAUGGAAUAUGACUGGAACACUGGUAGAUGGUAGAAAUGGUGACUUGAUACGUGCACAUCCUGAAGAUACAAGGUCAUGGACACAUCAUAAUGGAAUAUUUCCUGAGCGCAAUGAAUUCUACACUUCCAUAGACAGCAUGCCUGAAAUAAAACCUCCGUCGCGGAAAUCUGCCAUCCUUGUUAGUGACUUGGUAAGUAAUAUCGAAAUGUUCAAAUCCAUGUAUAACCUAUUUAUUCCUUGACCAUUUAUUUGUAAU